ACCACUCCUUUUGCUUGCCUGCCCAGCAACAAUUCGCUUCUCGUUGUAUCUACGUUCUUUUUCCACGCGAGCAACUGUGUUAGUUCGCUGCUUGCGGAGUUGACUCUCGCUCUUUUCGCUCUCGAAUCACUCAUUUUGCCUGGCGCACUUUGACAGCAAGCCAUCUCCAAGAGCAGCUCAAGAACAAGACUCUUACAGCAGCAAAGAUGAAAUCCGCCACUGUCGCCCUCGGGCUCUUCGCGGCCCUCACUUCCGCGUACUCACAUCCUCGGUACAUGCGGUUCAGGCGUGACAACACAACAGCGCCAGCCCUCAGCUCGGCCGAGUCAGCAGAGGCCGUCUCCUCCACCACCGUUCUCUUGUCAACCGGUGUCUCUACCAGUGCCUCUACCGGUGCCUCUACCGGCGUCGUCACCAGUGCCGCCCCCUUCCCGGCCAACGGCACCGUUGGUGGCGUUACCACCAUGACUGUGUCUACUACGUCGGUGCGCACCAUCACAUCCUGCGCUCCCGAGGUCAUCGACUGCCCCGCGAGGACCGAGGACAUCACCAAGCUGCCUUCCGAGGCUCUCUCGACCGUCCUCGUCACCGACACCGUCGUGCUGACCACCGUCGUCUGCCCGGUCACUGCUGCCCCGUCGAUCUCGUCCAGCGUUCUGGAUGAUGCCUCCAAGGGCGUCAUUACCGGCAGCACUCUUAGCCCCUCGGGCCCGGCGGCCACGGGCUCGGCCCAGGUCAGCCUCUCGACUGCCACUCAGACCAAGGUUGGCUCCGUGACCAUCACCAAGGUCGUUACCACCACCCUCGGCGGCGGCAACGGCAACGGUGGUGGCAAGGUCGUCACCACCACCAUCAAGUCGACCGUCGAGACGCCCAUUGUCGAGACUGUCACCCACACCCAGGUCCUCUCGCCCCCCGCGGGCUCGGCCCCUGCUGCCUCGGUUCCCGCCUCGUCCGCCGUCUCGUCCGUUGACGCCGAUGGACAGGGUGAGCCCACCACGACCACGACUGUUACUUCGACUUCGACUGGCACGCGCACGGUUACCAUUGGGGGCUCUGUGACCACCACCGUCCCUGCCUCUGGCUCUGGCUCUGGCUCUGGCUCUGGCAAUGGCUCCGGCUCCGGCAACGGUUCUGGCAGCGGCAGCGGCAGCGGCAGCGGCAGCGGUACCGGCAGUGGUACCGGCAGUGGCUCUGGCAGCGGCAACGGCAACGGUGCCUGUGACUGCGCCGCCAGCGUCGUGACCGUGACCGAGACGAUCCCGGCCUCAACCGUCUACGUGACCGUCACAGGCGAGAGCGCCGCCCCCUCUCCCACCGCCAAGGGCGGGGACAAGACCACCGCCACCGCUGAUGCCGCGGCUACCACCACCACCAGUGCCGCCUCUGCCGGUGGCAACAACAACGGCGGCAGCAGCGGUAGCGGCGGCAGCAGCGGCGACGAGGAGGAGGACGCUGAGUGCUCCACCGACGAGGUCGUGACUGUCACCUCGACCUCCGCCGCUUCCGACCCUACCCCGACCGGCACCAACGGCGCCGCGGACGGCGCCGAUGACGAGGAGUGCCCCACGGACGAGGUCGUCACCGUCACUGCCUCCCAGACUUCUGCCUCGGCCACCGCCGCUCCGUCGGCUGGGUUCCCGGGGCUGCCUAACAACGGCACCGCUGGCAUCGUUCCUGCGAAGCGGUGGCACCAUUAAGCGGGCUUGGGGGGGCGCGCAGUAGAUGAUAGAUGGGGGGGGAGUGGGGGGAGUGUAGUU